CCGAACUUGUAUAUUUAUUAAUCAUCAUUCAUCACAAUCCGAAGAACUCUCUCUCUCUUUCUCAGUUGUCCUAGAAAUUUCUCAAAAUUAUUCUCUCAAUCAGCUCAAGUUCCAAGUCUCUGUUGGAUGGUUCAUGCGUGUCAAUUGGGUUGGUUUUCAGUAAUUUCUCGCCUGCAGGUGGUGGAUAGCGAUUGCCCAAUUCGGCACGCAAGCUGUUGGAAACGGAAACCAACUCUCUUUUAUUUUCUCGCGCUUGCUUUCCGUUUCCUCAGAAAGUGAUAGAAAAUGGCGGAAAAUCCGAAGCGGGAAGCUCGUGACUCGGCCGAAAUGGGCACCCAGAAAAUCUCAGUUUCUGAUCAAACAAACAGCUUGCGGCAGUUGACUAACGUCAAAUCUGAAAACUUCGUAGUAGACAUGGAAUCCCUUGUUCAACUCAGCAGCAAAGACAGAACUGCAAAUUCAGGAACCACAAUGCAGAGAAGCCUUUCGAGAAAAGGAUCACAGCACCGAGGCAGCAGUGAGAAGAAGAUCAAUUCCAGCACCGGCGACGAGAAAGAAACCGAUACGGCCGCCUCUGCUUCACCGAGAGCUGCUUUUGCUGGUGCUAGCAUACCGGAAAAGCCCAUGGUGGUGACGGUGGGGACCGCGGAGGUGAACCCACCACAAACCCACCAUCAGAUCAUUAUCAUGGCCGGAAACAGCAGCGCCGCCACCGCCGAAAGCAGGUGGACUGCCAGGAGAUUGAGUUUCAGGCGGUCUCCGCCAUGGGCCAUUGACCCGAGGAGGAUUUUCUUCCUCUUGGCCACCUUGUCAAGCAUGGGAACAAUGCUAUUGAUUUACUUCACAAUUUCCAUGGGCAAACAAGGUGGGGAUGACAGUGCUAUGGAGUGGUAGUGGUAGUGGCAGUGGUGACUCUAAAGUGGAAGAGGAGGAGAUGAUAUCAUAGCUUGCAGUGUGGAGAAGAACACAGGAAAAGCAGAGACAUGGCUUGAUUAUGGUCCAGCCCUUUUUAUGGAACUAUCCGGCUUCGGACAACAUGAUGGAAUUAUACAAGGACCAUAAAAUGAAAAUGAUUUUGAGAUGGAAACAAGGACAAAGAGCACUAUGACAAAGGUAGGGAAUCUUUUACAUUAGUAUAUGAAAUUAUGAAUGGGAAGAUCUCAGAAGAGAUGACGUGUUGCUAACUUUUGUGUUUAAUGGAGGUUCAGAGAGUUACUUUU